AUGCGUCUUCUGAAGCGCUUGCCGGGCGGCAGCUUCGAGCUGGUGUCUCACAGCAACGACAACCCUCCCCCGUAUGCUACCCUAUCGCAUACCUGGACAGAAGGUCAAGAAGUGACGUACAAUGAGCUGCUCCAGUUUUGCGGCGAUCGAGCUGCGGCGGACGGCUUUGAGUACUUUUGGGUCGAUACCUGCUGUAUUGACAAGUCUAACAGCGAUGAGCUCAGUAUGGCAAUUAACUCCAUGUUCCGCUGGUACCAGCGUGCGUCCGCUUGCUACGUACACCUGUCGGAUGUGUUUGUGCCGGACGAGAUCAGUGACGCUGAAACCUUCCCUGUAGCGUGGCAGGAAGUCUUUCGACGGAGCCGAUGGUUCACGCGAGGCUGGACGUUGCAGGAGCUCCUGGCGCCAGCUAGCGUCGAGUUCUUCUGCAAGCAGGGCAAGCGGCUGGGUAGCAGGGUGUUGUUGGAGCGGGAAAUCCACGAGAUCACUAAGAUCCCUCUGGACGCACUAAGGGGACAAAGCCCCAGCGAGUUCGAUAUUGAGGAACGGUUGAGCUGGGCAGCCAGACGCACGACGACGAUGAAGGAGGACAAAGUGUGUUGCUUGUUGGGAAUUUUCGGUGUGUUCCUGUCGCUCAUAUACGGAAAAGGAGAAGCAUACGCCAUAUGCUAUCUGACCAUUGCUAACAUUAAAGUGCUAUUGGAACAGGCAAGAGCACUGCACCAGCACACGUGGCAGACAUGA